AUGAAGCUUUGUAGCCUUGGAAUCCUGGUAGCCUUUGUCUUCCUCUGUGAGAAACACAGCUUCGCCUUUCAGAGUGGCCAGGUUUUAUCUGCUCUUCCUAGAACCACUAGGCAAGUUCAAGUUCUGAAGAAUCUUACUGCAAUCUAUGAGAUUGUUCUCUGGCAGCCAGUUACAGCUGACUUUAUUGAGCGGAAAAAAGAAGUGCAUUUUUUUGUGAAUGAGUCUGAUGUCAGCAAUGUGAAAGACCACUUGAAUUCAAGCAGAAUUCCAUACAGGACAAUUCAGAAAUGUAUGGCUUUAUUUUCUGCCUUCAUUAAGACUGUACCACAUGAAAGGCACUUAUACUGCUUAGCAGCCGAAUGCCCUAAUUUCAGUCCUUUUAAGAAAGCAAUGGUCUUCCUGAAAUUUUUAUCUGCAAAUUGGGAGAUGCCAAAUGACUUAAAAAGGGAACAAGAUGUAACUCAAUUCUAUGAAAAAGAAAGUCUGUACACCAAUAUCCUGAGUCAUGUGGACUUCUAUGUAAUGCCAGUAAUUAAUGUGGAUGGUUAUGAUUACACAUGGAAAAAGAAUCGAAUGUGGAGAAAGAACCGGUCUUUCCACAAGAACAAUCCCUGCGUUGGAACAGAUUUGAAUAGGAAUUUUGCUUCCAAACAUUGGUGUGAGAAAGGUGCAUCAAGUUUCUCAUGCUCUGAAACCUACUGUGGACUUUAUCCUGAAUCUGAGCCGGAAGUAAAGGCAGUGGCUGAUUUCUUGAGAAGAAACAUCAACCACAUUAAAGCUUAUAUCAGCAUGCAUUCAUACUCGCAGCAGAUAUUGUUUCCCUAUUCCUACAGCAGCAGCAAAAGCAAAGACCAUGAGGAACUGUCUCUAGUGGCCAGUGAAGCAGUUCGUGCUAUUGAGACUAUUAAUAAAAAUAUCAAGUAUACACACGGCAGGGGUGCAGAGACUUUAUACUUAGCUCCUGGCGGUUCUGAUGACUGGAUCUAUGAUUUGGGCAUUAAAUACUCAUUUACAAUUGAACUUCGAGAUAAAGGCAGAUACGGGUUCUUGCUGCCAGAACGUUUCAUCAAACCUACUUGUAUAGAAGCUCUGGCAGCUGUCUCUAAAAUAGCAUGGCAUGUCAUCACGAAUGUUUAAUAUCCUGGAUGUUCCACUUUGCUCCCAUAUGAUUAAUUUCCUGAUUCCAAUAAGGUCAAGUCAUGGUACUAAUUUUUUUGCCUUUUAAAGUUUGAUCGGUUGUUUUGUUAAGAAAAGGAUUUCUUAUUCCUUGGAUUUAUCAGAGAUCAAGACCUAUGCUAUUUUUUAAAUUAAGGGAAAUAAGGUAUCAUGUGUUA